AUGGAGUGGCUUCUUCAAUUCCUUUAUCUCCUCUUUAUAACUUCUCUUCUGAUCUGUAGUACAGCAAUUUCAGAUCAAAUUCCCAAGCCUUAUGUUGUUUAUAUGGGAAAUUCUUCACCCAACAACAUUGGGAUAGAUGGUCAAUUAUCAGAAUCAACUAACCUGCAGCUAUUAUCAUCAAUCAUUCCAAGAAGAGAAAGUGAGAGGAUAACUCUAAUCCACCAUUUCAGUCAUGCCUUUAGUGGGUUCUCAGCCAUGCUUACAGAGAGUGAAGCUUCUGCUCUGUCUGGACACGAUGGUGUGGUGUCAGUGUUCCCAGAUCCAAUUCUUCAUUUGCACACAACAAGAUCUUGGGAUUUCUUAGAAUCAGAUUUGGGAAUGAAGCCUCGUGGCACUCCUACACACCUACACUUGUCAAGUGAUAUCAUUAUUGGUGUUAUUGACACUGGGAUAUGGCCAGAGUCUCCAAGUUUUAGAGAUGACGGCAUAGGGAAGAUUCCUUCAAGAUGGAAAGGAGUUUGCAUGGAGGGUCAUGAUUUCAAGAAAUCCAACUGCAAUAGAAAACUGAUAGGUGCAAGAUACUACAAUAUCCAAGGUACAUCAAGUGGCAACCUGACUGAUACUGGAGAAAGCAAAGGUUCCCCAAGAGAUUCUGUUGGACAUGGGACUCACACUGCAUCAAUAGCAGCUGGUGCCUAUGUCAACAAUGCUAGUUAUUAUGGUUUAGCAGAAGGAACAGCAAGAGGUGGCUCACCUUCUACUAGGAUUGCUGCCUAUAAAACAUGCUCAGAAGAAGGUUGCUCUGGUGCCACCAUACUAAAGGCUAUUGAUGAUGCUAUUAAGGAUGGAGUAGAUAUAAUCUCAAUCUCUAUUGGACUUAGCUCACUAUUCCAAUCAGACAUUUUGAAUGAUCCCAUAGCCAUUGGAGCAUUUCAUGCAGAACAAAACGGGGUCAUGGUGGCGUGUUCAGCCGGGAAUGAUGGUCCUGAUCCUUACACAGUUGAGAACACAGCUCCAUGGAUAUUUACAGUUGGAGCUUCUAAUAUUGAUAGGAAUUUCCAAUCAACUUUAGUCCUUGGAAAUGGGAAAACUUUCCUAGGUACAGGCAUUAACUUCUCAAACCUUACUCGUUCAAAGAUGUAUCAUAUUGUCUUUGGAGAGGAAGUAGCUGCCCAAUUUGCCCCUGCAUCCGAAGCUAGGAACUGUAUUCCUGGAUCACUAGAUUACAACAAAACUGCAGGCAACAUUGUUGUUUGUGUUAAUGAUGAUCCAACUAUUUCAAGGAGAAUCAAGAAGCUAGUUGUACAAGAUGCAAGAGCCAUGGGGAUGAUACUCAUUGAUGAGGACAACAAAGAUGUUUCCUUUGAUGCAGGUGUAUUUCCCUUCACACAGGUUGGCAAUCUUGAAGGGAAUCAGAUCCUUGAGUACAUAAACUCGACCAAGAACCCAACUGCAACAAUUCUUCCUACAACCGAAGUUACUAAAUAUAAGCCUUCGCCAAUUGUUGCAUCUUUCUCAUCCAGAGGUCCUUCAGGCCUUACAGAAAACAUUCUCAAGCCGGAUGUCAUGGCUCCAGGUAUUGGCAUUUUAGCUGCCAUGAUUCCCCAAAGUGAUGAACCAGGAAGUGUUCCAAUUGGGAAAAAGCCAUCCUUGUUUGCCAUAAAAUCUGGUACAUCUAUGGCUUGCCCACAUGUGACAGGUGCUGCAGCAUUCAUUAAAUCAGUAUAUGGAAAAUGGAGUCCUUCAAUGAUCAAAUCAGCAUUAAUGACAACAGCUACAACCUACAAUAACAUGAGGAAGCCUUUGACCAACAGCUCAAACUACUUUUCCAACCCACAUGAAAUAGGAUUUGGGGAAAUUAAUCCACUUAGAGCUCUUAACCCUGGUUUAGUUUUUGAAACAGAUCUGGAAGACUAUCUCAGAUUCCUUUGUUUUUCUGGCUCUUCAAAGAAAAACAUAAGGUCAAUGUUUAAGACCAACUUCAGUUGCCCAAGGAACUCUUCUGAUGAUCUUAUCUCCAACAUCAAUUACCCAUCAAUCUCUAUAAAAGCACUUAAUAGGAAAGGAAAAGGAAAAGUAAUCACAAGAACAGUUACCAACGUAGGAUCCUUUAAUGCCACAUAUGCUGCCAAGGUGCAUGCACCAGAGGGAUUGGUUGUCAAGGUCAUCCCAAAUAAACUCGUGUUUUCUGAGGGUGUUCAAAGAAUGUCCUAUAAAGUCUCAUUUUAUGGCAAGGAGGCCCGUGGUGGAUACAAUUUUGGGUCUCUAAGUUGGUUUGAUGGUCGACAUUAUGUCCAUACAGUAUUUGCAGUCAAAGUUGAAUAGAUUUGCAUAC